AUGAAGUUUGGGGGGAAGGGGAUGAUCCAGCUGAUGGUACUGCUAUACAAUUGGGUGUGGAAAAACGAGUAUACGCCAAGUAGAUGGAGGGAAGGAGUGGUUGUGAACUUGUUUAAGAAAGGAGACAAGACUGACCCAGGAAACUACAGGGGGAU